GAGCUUCCUCCUCCAUGGCUUCGCAUGAAGUGAACAACCUUCAAUCUGGAGCUUCAACUCGUAAAUGAAAAAAUAGAAUAAAAUAAAAUAAAUUUUUGUUCGUUUAAAUUCUUUUGAUUUUUUUUUUCCUUUUUUGUAUUUCACUACUACCCGAUUCUGUUGGAAUUUUCCAAACCUUUGAAUGUCUUGGAUCGUAGUAGCUCGAGCUCAGCACGAAUAUCAACGAUUAAUUUCGGAUUGAAAGUUGAGGAUUUUUAAAGAGUGGUGUCUAUGGGCAACCGAAGUACAACACAACUAGUUAAGGUAAACGAUUCUUUUGUUUCAAAGUAUGAUUCCAAAACUCCUUGCUGUGUGUUACUUUGCUUGCUAUGGCAUGGAUGAUGCACGGACUUUUACCUGAUGGUGAUGUCUAGCAAGUUUGAAUUCACUUCAAGUAGCCCAGAUAGACCGUUACACUCUAGUGGGCAACGUGGAGCCCACAUGGCCGUCCCACUGGACAGAUCUGGUAGCUUUCGUGAGAGUUUGGAGAAUCCAAAUUUAUCUACACUUCCAAAUAUGUCAAGAAGUGCUUCUGCUGUUUCACAAGGGGAAGUUUUAAAUUUCUUGCAAUGCUUGCAUUUUGGUCGAAAGUUGGUUGCUACAGAUGAAAAGUCUAAUCGUCAAGGGGACUUUAGCAGACAGUUACAACUUGCUCUUAGUAUGUCACCGGAUGAUUCUCCAUCUAGUUCUUCAAAAGGUAAAUUGCCAUCUGUGAUGCCAGAAGAAAUCAAGCGGAUGAAGGUUAGUCUACGUGAGUGCUCUAUCAAAGCCAGGGAACGCUUAAAACUUUUCAAUGAAGCCUUAUCUGUAUUUAAUAAGUUCUUCCCAAGUGUACCAUCAAAAAAGAGAUCCCGGUUAGAAGGUUAUAACAAUGAGAGGUCCAAUUUCAUUUUAUCUGGUGAGCGGUCAGCUAGGGGGCAAGCUAGUAAGAGUCAUGCAAUCCCUGGUGGUGCUUUUGAACAUGAGAUGCAGAAAUCUGAAGAACGAAUAAAAAAUGCUUUGUCGAAUAAACGCACAAGAACUUCAUUGGUGGAUGCAAGGGGGAUGGAUGUUCGUAAUAAUCCUCCUGUGAGACCAUCUGGAGCUGCAGAUAGGGAAAGAGAUGCACUAAGGCUUGCUAAUAGUGGUGCUGUUCCAGGUGAAGAUAGGAGUUUAUCAAUUGGCGUCGAUGGUUGGGAGAAGUCAAAAAUGAAGAAAAAGCGAUCUGUAAUAAAGCCAGAUGCCUCUUCAAGCAGUCAAUCGACAAAACCAGUAGAUAGCUACGAUGAAGUUAAACAACAAUUGCAGCAAAGACCUGUCUCUGAUGCUCGAUCGCGAAUAAAUAAAGAUAACCAUGGGUUUAGGCCAGGGGUUGCUAAUGGAGCUUCUGCUGUUGGAAAAUCUGAUGGUAUUUCCCAACAAAAUGGCUUGGGUAUUCGUUCAUCCAUGUCCAGGAGUGAUUUGGACAGCAAUUCCCUUGUCAAUGACAGGAGAGAUAAUUCUAUUGGUUCAGACAAAGAAAGAGUGAACCUUCGGGGUGUUAAUAAGUCAAACGUCCGGGACGACUUUGUUUCAACUAGUCCUACAUCAAAUGCUAAAGUUAAUCCAUCUGUUCGAGCUCCACGGUCCAGUUCAGGCAUCGCUCCAAAAUUUUCCCCAGUUGUUCAUAGAGCAAUUGCUUCUAAUGAUUGGGAUAUGUCAAAUUGUACAAAUAAGCCUAUUUCUCCUGUUGGUGUGAGCAAUCGGAAACGCAUGAUAUCAAUGCGGUCCUCAUCCCCUCCAGUUUCCCAUUGGGCAAGCCAGAGACCACAGAAGAUCUCCCGCUCUGCAAGGAGGACCAAUCUGGGUCCGAUUGUUUCAAGCAAUGAUGAUAACCCUUUGGAUAGCACAUCUGAUGUUGUGGGCAAUGAUACUGGCUUGGGAUUUGGUAGGCGCAUGUCUGGUAGUUCUCCACAGCAGGUGAAAAUAAAAGGUGAACCAUUAUCCUCAGCUGCUCAAUCUGAAAGCGAGGAGUCUGGGGCUGCUGAGAUCAAAUCUAGAGAAAAGACACGAAAAUCGGAAGAUUUAGAUGAUAAAUCUGAACAAGGUGUUCAAAAGGUACCUGCUUUAGUUCUGCCGACUAGGAAGAAUAAGUCGGUUGAUGAAGAUAUUGGAGAUGGGGUUCGAAGACAAGGGAGGACUGGCCGUGCUUUUCCUUCCACUAGAUCUCUGAUGCCAAUGACAGUUGAGAAGAUUGAUGCUGUAGGAACUGCAAAACAGCUUAGAAGUGCCAGACUUGGAUUUGAUAAAGUUGAAAGCAAGGCAGGUCGUCCACCUACUAGGAAAUUUACUGAUCGCAAGGCAUAUAAACGUCAAAAGCAUUCAGCAAUAAAUGUGGGGACAGAUUUUCUUGUUGGAUCAGAUCAUGGGCAUGAAGAGCUAUUGGCUGCUGCUAAUGCUGUUACAAAUCCUGGUCGCACUUUUUUCAGCCCAUUUUGGAGACAGAUGGAGCAAUUCUUUCGUUUUGUAUCUGAAGCAGAUAUUACACACUUAAGAAAACAAGGUGAUCUUGAAGGUGCUGCAUCAGGGCCAAAAAUUGUCUCAGACAAGGACGCUUACAAUAUUAGUCACGAUAAUUUUGAGCACAUUGAAAACGAAGCAAGCGAAGUUCCUUUAGAACAUAUAAUUCAAGAGUCGAAAGAUCAUACUGUAAUUCCUUUAUACCAGAGACUCUUGGCCUCGUUAAUUCCAGAGGAGGUGGCUGACAACGAAAAUGAAGACACCCAAUUUGAUAGAUACGGAAUGCCCGAGUUAGAUGAACAUUAUAAACCAAACAAAUUGAGUCACGAAAUUUCACCUAGUUCUCAGUUUUCUGGGCAUUCUGCUAAUGAUGAUCAUAACAUGAGAAGGGGAUCGGGAUCAGAUCCAUAUAUGCCUGAAACAGAUAGACAGGGCAUUCCAAAUUCUGUGAGGAAUUCCCUAAAUGGCUUGAUCUCCAAUCAAGCUUUGAUGCCUGGAAUGGCCUGUUCAGAGUUUCAGUAUGAUGACAUGCCGUUAAAUGAGAAACUUCUCUUGGAGAUUCAAAGUAUUGGAAUCUUCCCAGAUUCGGUGCCUGAAAUGUUACAGAUAGAGGAGGAAGAGAUCACUAAUGACAUACGUCAGUUGGAAGAGAAGAAGAAUGAACUGGUUUCAAGAAAGAACUCUUUGCUCCACAAACUGUUGCAGUCUGCCCUGGGCACAAAGCAGCUUCAAGAAAAAGAGUUUGAAAGGCUUGCCAUGGAUAAACUUGUUGCAAUGGCCUAUGAGAAGUAUAUGGCUUGCAAAGCUUCUAAUGCGUCUAGUGGAAAGAAUUCCAAUAACAAAAUGGCGAAGCAAGCUGCUUUGGCAUUUGUUAAAAGAACAUUGAACCGAUGUCAUAAAUUUGAGGACACAGGAAAGAGCUUCUUCAGUGAGCCUUCAUUUAGAGAGAUGUAUUCUUCCUGGUCUGUCAAUCCCAAUGGUGAAAGACAAUCAGAUCCUGUGGAGGGUGAAUCAGAGAAAUCAUAUGCCUCCAUUCAAUCUCUGGAUGCCAGAGUCUCAGCUUUGGCAGGUUCACAGAAUAGCCCUUCACACUUUAAUCAGAAUCUGGACAACCACGAUGUUACCUCUGGCAACGUGCUUCCACCUGCUACUCACCAAGCUGAGAGAACAACCGGAAGAGAAGAAUUAUGGUCAAACAGGGUGAAAAAGAGAGAACUGUUGCUUGAUGAUGUCGGUAAUGCAGGUGCCCCAUCAGUCAUUGGGAGUUGUAUUUCAAGCAGUGCAAAAGGGAAGAGGAGUGAAAGGGAUAGAGAUGGUAAAGGGCAUAACAGAGAGGUGUCAUCUAGAAAUGGAACUAAAAUUGGUAGGCCAGCAUUAUCAAAUACUAAAGGGGAAAGGAAAACUAAGACAAAGCCUAAGCACAAAACUGCCCAAUUAUCAAUUUCUGUUAAUGGCCUUCUAGGCAAGAUGGCAGAGCAACCAAAAUCAACAUUGUCUCCUCUACCAAAAUCAAGUACUUCAACUGGUGGUUCAAAAGAAAAAGAUCAAUUUGGCUUGGAUGGACUUGAUGACCCUGACUCAAUAGAUUUAUCUAAUCUUCAAUUACCAGGAAUGGAUGUAUUAGGUGUUCCUGAUGAUCUUGAUGGCCAGGGUCAGGAUCUGGGUUCAUGGUUAAAUAUUGAUGAGGAUGGUUUACAAGAUCAAGACUUCAUGGGCCUUGAGAUUCCAAUGGAUGACCUCUCAGAUUUAAAUAUGAUGGUUUGAAGUUUGUCCUCCUUGUAUAGUCUUCAAGUCUUGUUUAUUAAUACUUUACAAACUAAAGGGAAAUCCUACGUAAAGAGUGACUGGUAGUUGCAUAGUUAUUGGCUACCGAUCCAAAUUAGGUUACUAGAUUCUUUGAGGCUCCUCUUCAAGUUAUUUCAAGUAAAUCUUUCGGAUGUUUGGAAUUUUGCUCCUGUAUUUAGUUGGCGACUUUGACUGUAAAGAUAGUCUUGUUCAAGCUACAAGUUAGUAUAGUCAUAGUGAUAUUUAGGGUACACAGUAUCCUUCAUGUAGCUUUUUGAUCAGAGAAUGAUACCUCUUGUACAUAAGUUCAUAUUUGAAAUAAAUCAGCCUUUUAUUCUACAAGGGUCUGGAAAUUGUUUGUAAACUUUAUUUCCUAAUUUAUUGUGGUACAUAAUUCUUUUAGCACAGUUAAUCUCAACUGCUGGUUUGGCGAUACAGAAGGUCUGUGUGCAUAGAAUUUUAUGUGUAGUUCUCCCAUUCGCAUUGAAUCCCCUUGUUCCUUGAAUGGUAGGAUGUUUUGAUGACAAAGUAGAUACAUUCGGCUAUUCCUCUGAAUCUGUGCUGUAGCAGAUGUCAUGAUAGAUACUGCUAUACAUAUGGGAUGACCAUCAAGAUCUGCUUGGGAACGUAAGGUAAGUUUUGAAGUUGCAACUUACAAAUUGAAUAUUUCGGAUAUUAUUACUUGCCCUAGGAGAUCUUCAUUAACGAUCUGGGUUUACUAGUGUUUUAUUAUCCUUAACGAUCUUAUGCAUUCAGAAGUAAUGGAGCCUCUCCAUCAUGCUGUGGAGGAUUCUAGUAUUAGAAUGGAAAGGAGUAUUAACAAAUAGCAGACUUCUAGAGAGCUUGCUUUGGUAAGAAAAAUUUUCAUUUCCCAGGUUAUGUUUAAAAGGAUUUGCUUUUUAAAUCCAUAAUGUUGUAUUUACAAUUCAUAUAAAAUUUAUAUUUCCAGGAGGACCAUGAAAAAGACGCUUAUAAAUUAAUCUGAUACAAGAGAUAUUUGUACUUUCUCUCAUGUGUAUUUUCAAAUUUAAGGGGUAUUUGAGAGUUUCAACGUUGCAAUACAUUACUUGAGUUUUUCUAGAUAAAUUUCUAUGUACUGGGAAUAUGGACGGAGUCCUUGUUGCAUCUGUAUAGGGGACACUGAUACGAUAGCCUUCUUGAUUGAUCUUCUGAUGGGUCUUGCUCCAGUUCUUCAAUCCAUUCACUUAGGGAACUGCUUCACACUUCCCAUAGCUUGAUGUUACCAAAGAGAAUCCAUUUUCCUGGUAACUACAAAAGCUUGAGGUAUAAACAGAACUGAAAGGAGGGAGGGAGAGAAGAGAGAGAGAGAGAGAGAUGUAAAAGGGACACUGAUAGCCUUUCUUUUCUUUUCUUUUCUUCUAAUUAGUAUGUGUGUUUCUCUUGCUGCAGGUCUCCAAUUCGUUCAGCUAAGAAACUGGUUUCGAUUUUCCAUACCUUGAGGUAAUACCAAACGAAAUAUACAUUCCUAGUCACUACAGUAGCUUGAAUGAAGUAAAUAAAAUUGAAAAUCUAGGAUGUUAGGUUAUCAUUUUCACCCAGCUCCUUUAAGCUCAAAACUGGAAAUUUGUUCUUGGUUAGUUGAAGUGUUGUUUGGUCUGCUGCCACCUCUGGAUUUCCUUUUACAAGCAUCUACUCUUCCUCUGUUAGCAAAGAAAAAACAAUUAAAAGUGUUGUCAAUACUGAUCAUUGUUAUUUUUAGAGGAAAUGCAAACAGACACAUGAAAGUUCGAUUACAUACAGGAAAUGAGAUUUGAAAACAACUUUUUAGCCAUCAAAAUCCAGUCCAGGAAAAUAACUUGUCCAAAUCCAAGGAAAGAGCAACGGUCGGUUCCUUUGAUAUGUAGUAACCUAGGGAUUAUUUUCUUCUGGCUCUGGUUCUGGCUCUUCACUUCACUUUGGCCAGUUUUUUUUUUUUUUUUAUAAGAAACAAGUGUAUUCAUAUAACAAAAAAGAACAACCUAAGGGCAAGGGACAAGAGGGCCCUUCCCGGAAGAAACUAAGAAACUAAGAAAUGAUAGUCUUCCAAUUGUUGAAAAUCAUUGAAAGGCUAUAAUUACAAAAUUGUUUGGUGUAAUUCGUACUCCACCAAGAAGCUGUGUGUUGCAACAUAGUCCAAAAAGAAUCAAAAGAAUUAUAGCUAUCUUCAAAAACUCUACUAUUCCUUUCUUUCCAAAUGCACCACAAAAGGGACCGAGUCACACAUUUUCAUAAGAUGUUUCCUUUUGGGCUAUAACCUCUAAUGUUGAGUCCUUCAAUCAUCCCCCUAUCAAUCUUACUAGGGAGACAAAGCUCCAAUUCAAAAAUCCUAAACAAAUUGUUCCAAGCUUUUUUAGUAAAGAGACAGUGUAGAAAUAGAUGGUCCAAAGUUUUCUCUUCUUUGAAGCAGAGACAACACAUCGAUGGGCUAAGCAAGGUGUUCUGAACUUUUUUUUGUAGCUUCUCAUGAGUGUUAAGGCUUCUAUAAGCGAGCAACCAUAAGAAAAACUUCACCUUCUUCUUUACCAUACAACUAUUUGUUGACUGCGAUAUGUAAUCAAUGGGAGAUGGACACCAUCAGGAGUUUGAACCUUGUUAGACUUCAUACCAGAACUUUGAGCAUUCCUUAUUGUAAAUUAUUUAUUCUUUCCUUAAAUGAUCACUUCCAUGGAAAAUUAAUGUCCGAUUGCAACCUCAUCUCGGCCGCGGAGGAUUUGAAAUCAGAGGAAGACAGGCUAGCAGCAGACAAAUGGCAGCUCGCCAUCAUGAAGCUGAGGUGCUGUGGAUGUUGGAUGAUUCUUACAAGUGCAAUAUGGAUGCAGCAAUCAUCUAUCAGAAACUCACAGGAAGACAAUGUCACAAUGGAGCAUUUUAUAACCUCAAAUGGGCAUGUUAGUCUUGGAAAACGAUGUUGGGAACUCACAGAAGGCAAUGUUAGCCUCAGAACAAAGUCAGUCUUCACCAGAUUUGGGAGUGGUAAAUUCUUUGAUUGUUUAGCAAUUGCUUUGGACAAAUUUUCAACAUGCUACAACCUUUCUUUGAUGUCCUGCUAGAUAAGGAACAAUGGGAUGAUAGAAGGUCUCCUCACAAAUCAAAGAUGCAACCAAAUGGCCCAUCAUCUGGCAAACCAUCUUAGAACAUCAACAGCACUAGUGUCGAUCGAAGACCAUUCCCUUAGGUGCAUUCUGCUCGUAAACCUUUAUGUUUCUUUUUCUCAUGUGGUUUUUAGUUUUGUUUCUCCAAGCUUUCUGUACAAUUAGUAUGAUAUUAGAAAGGGAUAUUAUAGGUAAUUAACUAGUAGUGUGAUGAUUUUAUAUAGAGUUCAGUUGUGACAUUUUGGUGAGAGUUUAUAUUGUAGGACUUUGAAAGAGAGGCCUCUCGAAAUGCUAUUGAUAUAUUGUAAUUUUUUGUUUUAACAACAAACAUUCAAUCAUAAUUGCAAUGAUGGUAUGAAAUUACAAAA